AUGGCCGCGCGAGUUGGCUGGUUCUCGAGUGGCCUGCGAAGGCAACGCCGCAACAUCACGCCAAAUAAUGCACGGACUCCGCUUCUGCUGCACGUUGCCGCAAGCACACCAAGUAUUGACACUUGCAGGUGUUUGCAUCGAAAUGCAUCUUUUGCACCUUUUCGGAGUGUCAACCCGACCUCCGCCCAGCUCGCCAUCAGGAAUAUCUCCACUCCAGCGCAACCGGGUAAUUGUUCUGGCGGCCAGCUUGCAACGGAGCAGCUAACGAGCAAAAACACAGAUUGCACGGAUUCUGAGGGCUCUCUAGGCAAUGCUGAUGUCGGCGGCCGAACAAGCUCUAAAGUUGAAUCCACUAAAGAGACGCUUUCUGCGGGCGAUCUAAGCGACUGUCCGCCCGCGUUGCAGGAGUUUGUCUUCACCUCCCCCCACCCCUUCCCUUUUACUGCGGAUCCAGAGACACUAGAACCUUCUCAAGUAAAGGCUGUAAUCAACAUCCUACUGGGGACCAGCAGUCCUACAGCGGAUAGUGGGGUAUACACUGAACGCUCUCGAUGGUGUUCACAAGACGGUGAAGAAAAAGAGACUGGCGAUGCCAAAUGGCUGCAGUACCCUGAACCGAAUACCCUGUGGCCAAAUACACUGCUACAUAACCACCGGCUACAGCCGUUCAGGUGCUCAGCAGGCGAGGCACCAGAGGCCUCGUUUUCCCCUUCAGGCUCAGCAGAAAUGCUAAUGGCCGCCGGGGCAUCUCCUCCUCGUGCAACGGAAGCCUCCACUGCUGAAGGAGAAUCUGCCGCCGGCGAGGCUUCCAAUUUUAACAAGCUGCAGCUUCAUAUGAAUCGGCUUCGUCUUGAGCAGCUCUGGAAGUAUUCCGGAGUGCAUGGGGUAUCAUGGGACGAAAUAGAGGAGGUGUAUCUGACCUUUCGGCAACUACUCCAUCAGCGCCAGGAGCGCUGGGAAAGCCGUAAGCAACAAAUCCUUGAGUAUGCAGGCGUUGUUUGUGCGCGGAGGCUCAGGAUCCAGCGGCUGGAGUUCGUAAAGUCCGCUGGAGUAGAAGUGGAAGCCCUCGAUGAAGAGACGAGGGAGCAGCUUCUCGUUCCCCGUUCACGAUUUCGGCGGAUGACUCGCCGGCUCUAUUACAAGUGGCAUGACGAAUACUUCGCCCCUUGGAGUCCGGGGGGCCUCCAGUCGGUGCUAAAGGCCCACAUUACGCUGCGAAUGCUGCAGCGAGAGACAAACGAGCGGCAGCUUCACCUUGAGCCACAGGCAUCCAUCGCGAAAUGCUCUGCUAAAACAGUAGAAUCUUCGAAGAGCUCGGGCCGUGCAUACGAAGCUGCGCAAAGUGCGCGGCUUGUGGAGCAAGUGUGCGAAGUUCUCAAGCGACCGUAUGAAAAGUUGCCAAUUGGAAGCUGUGGGGCAGUUCACACAGUCGUAGGAUUGCAGAAAAAAGGUGAUUCCUCGGAUGCUUAUGCAGCUCGAAAGGAAGCACCCAAUGAAGUGGGGGAGGAUGAAAACUCUUGGGAUUUCAGUGGUGUCGGCCGCCGGCGCCAAAGGCAUAAGUCGGUGGCUGCAGAUUGCCAAGAAACUUAA